CCACCUCCCCAAGCAUGCCGUCAAAGCGCAAAUCCGUCGCUCGCACAGGCGGCACCGCGCCAGCACCUAAGGCGGGCACGCCAGGUGCCGUCGCCGCCGCGCCCGGUGCAGAGCCGGCGCCGGGCGCGCCUACCGAGCCGGCAUCGCCGGCGCUGGCGCCGCGGCCCUCGCUGAGCCUGCUCGGCUACCUGCUCGCCUUCUUCGUCGCGCUCUCUGCGCUCACGCUGAGCCUGCACUACUCGCUGCCGAAGCCGCAGGCCGAGGCGCCGGGCCGCUUCGCCGAGGCAAACGCCAUGGAGACGAUGCGCGUGCUCGCAUACGACUUCGGCUACCGCAUCGUCGGCACGAAGGAGCACGUCGACGCCGAGGAGUGGCUCGAGAAGAAGCUGCGCGCCUACGAGGGCGUUCACAAGACGCAGUGGGGCGACGUGCAGGUGGAAGUGUGGACGCAGAUUGGAGACGGUGCGCACCGCUUCGACUUCAUGUCCGCCUCCGUGUUCAAGAAGUACUACUCGAUGUCCAACCUGAUUGUGCGUGUCUCGCCGGCCGAUAACCCGGCAGCCAAGGAGAACGCGCUGCUCGUCAACUCGCACCUCGACUCGACGCUGCCGUCGCCGGGCGCAGCAGACGACGGGCUGGGCGUCGGCAUCAUGCUCGAGCUGCUGCGGCUGUACACGUCGCAGGAGACACCGACAGUCGGGCCGCUGCGUCAUGCGCUUGUGCUGCUCUUCAACAACGGCGAAGAGUCGCUGCAAGACGCGUCGCAUCUGUACAUCACGCAGCACGAGCCUACGCGUGGCUCGAUCCGCGGCGUCGUCAACCUCGAGGCGUGCGGCGUGUCUGGCCCGGAGCUGCUCUUCCAAGCCUCGUCCGAGGAGCUGUUGCGCGGCUACGCGCAGGCACGCCGGCCGUUCGGCACCGUGCUGGCCAACGAUGUCUUCGGAUCGGGCAUCAUCCUCAGCGACACUGACGCGCGCGUGUUCGAGGAGUACGGCCACGUCGAGAUGCUCGACAUGGCCGUCGUCGGCAGCAGCUACCUCUACCACACGCGGCGUGACAUUCCAGCACACGUGCAGCCGGGCGUGGCACAGCACUUCGGCGACAAUGUGCUCGACAUUGUGUCCUACCUCACCGCCUCGCCCGAGUCGAAGCUGGCGCAUACGAAGCCCUUCCCGCGCCGCAAGCCGCCGAUCUACUUCUCCAUCUUCGGCCGCUUCUUCGUGCACAUCAGCAACAAAUCGUGGAAGGCGCUCAGCAUGGGCUUCUCGGCAUACGCCAACUUCCUGAUGUCGUCCACGGUGCGCGCUGACCGGCACUUCAACGCGCUCGGCACGUCGACGGCGGCGAUGCUCGGCAUGAUCCUCUCACUCGUUGUCUCGCUCGUCAGCGCCAACGCCGUCGCCCUGCUGAUGACGCGCGGCCUCAACUCGGGCAUGAGCUGGUACUCGCACGAAGCGCUGCCGAUUGCACUGUACGCCCCGCCGGCGAUCGCCGGCUCCUUCGCAGUGCAGCUGGCGCUCCGCUCGUGCUUCCGCGACGCCAAUGCGAAGGCGUACCUCGAGCGCGCUACCAUCACCGCGAUGUUCUCCAUCUACACGCUCGGCCUUAUGAUCCUCAACGCAUUUGGCAUCGGCUCGGCCUACCUUCUGGCGCUGGGCUCGAUCACCUCGCUCCUCGCCGCGACUGCCAACGACUUCAUUCUGCAGAGCUUCGGCCGCAUCGAGCUCAAGCACUAUCCGGCGAACCGGCGAGUCGAGCCGGCCACCUACUUCCUCCUGGCGGUUGUGCCUGCGAUCUUCGGCAGCGAGGGCACGGUGGCUUUCCUGGACCUGUUCGUCCCGCUGACAGGCCGCACCGGCGAAAUCUCGCCGUCGGACCACAUCAUUGCGACCAUCGUCGCGGCACUCGCCUUCAUGGCGCUGCCGAUGCUGCUGCCACUCUCGCACCGCUACGGCACUGCGUUCCUCGUGCGCGCCAUUGUUGGCCUCCUGGCCAUCUCCGCUCUCAUGGUCGCCAUCUUCGCGUCGCCCGCCAUGACGCCCUUCUCGCCGAUGGCGCCCAAGCGUCUCUUCGCUCACCAGGUCGAGAACAUCACGGACGGCGCCUGGACAAUGCACAUGGGCCACGCCGACGCUGCGCCGAACUUUGCUGCGCUCGUCGAGGACGUCCGCGCGCACAUUGCGCCCAACCACGCCGUGGCCGAGCUCGAGAUCAUGGAUGAGAACAACAGCGCAUACGACAUUCUCUACCCCGUCUCGGCGUUCAUCACGCCCUACAAGUUCGACAUUGACACGCCCGCGGUGCCGUCGCUUUGGGCGCCCAAGGGAGCCAAGAGCAGCCGCUUCUUCAUCACGGCCAAGGACGAGACGCUGGACCUGGCAGCCGGCACACGCCGCGUCACUAUCGAGGUGACCAAGCCGGGCUUGAUCUGGAGCGUCAUGGCCUUCGACGCCGACAUUCUCGAGUGGGACCUGCCGAACGUGCUGCCGCCCACGGGCGGGCGACAACGCCACCACGUCAAGGAGGUGGGCCGCGCUGGCGUCGACAGCUGGUCGCUCACCAUGCUGCUGCGUCUCUCGCCCGAGGAGCUCGCCGCUGCGCGUGCCCGAGGCCAAGAUCGCCGCCCGUACACGCACCUCGUCACGUCCGCAAAGGGAGCACCGUCAGCGCAGCCGCGCGAUCCCUCGCGCCUGUGGAUCGACUUCUCGGCGCUCGACGCUCAGGGCAUGUGGCCGAGCAGCCGGCACCUGGCGAGCUCGCGCGCGUCGCUGGGCAUGUUCGAGAAGAUGAACGCAUUCCUGCUCGACCAGCACCCCGAGGUUGACAGCAUGCUGCUCAGUGUCGUCGCCGGUGUGGCCGAGGCAUGAUCCGCCUCGGUCGGGAAAACUAGAAUGCCACGAUAGAGAGCCGCCUCGUUCACUGGAUGCCUGGUGCGCAAGGACACAUGCAUGUACACUCUGCUCAACUGCACAAUCUAUUCCCCACCGUCCACGCGCUGCUGCAGCCAGCGCUCUGCUGUCGCUGCGUUGCUCGCCUCGCCCGGCCGCAAGCCAGAGAGGCUCAGGUGCCGCGUGAGCGCCUCGAGGCGGGCCACAG